ACCGAAGGCUUUGAGUUGGCCCUCAGUUCUACUUCAGAAUCAUACGUUCCUAUACGAACAGUAUACAAAUCCGUAAAUAAUAAUAAACUUGAAGAAAUGUUUCCUUCCUUGCGAGGUUUCAUAUCCUGGAAGCCCAUCAAAGCGAAGAGCUCGCGCCGUUCAGCCGACGGAAUCGAGCCCAGGGCGAUCAUUGACCUGACCGUGGAGAUAGAUCCGCACAUCAGGCAACUGGCCGAGGAGAACGAAGACCUCUACAUGUGUCCCAUUUGCUAUGAGGCGCCUGAGGAGCCGGUGGCCACCAUGUGCGGGCACAUCUUUUGCCACUCGUGCCUGGUCUCUGAGCUGCAGCCCUUCAAUCGCUGUCCCAUGUGCAGGAAACUAGUGCCCAGUUACUUCCGCAUAUAUUUCUAACUCCAAAUGUUUUUAAUGUUUAAAGUUAUUUGUUAACUUUAGAAGCGGGCAGAGAAAGAUCUAAUUGUUAUGAAAUAAACCCAGCCAAAGCAGUUCCUUUGGCUACAUUUUGA